AUGAACCCGAAGCUCCAGUAUCUCUUCCCAAAGAGCUUCCAGCCUAUUGUGUGGGUUCUACUCCUGGUUAGCUGCGUCUUCAACCUCCUUUCUGUCAAACACUUCACCCACGGCCCGAUCCUGGACGAUAGUUGGUACAGUUACGCCGGUGAUGACUACCCGAGCGAGCUGCCUAUUCGCCUCGACGCUGUUAAGAUGGACUUCGAGGAUGUAUCAGGAGAUAGCUGGUACAGCCAGACGGGGUUCGACGCCUGGUUGCAGUGGCACGCCUUGGACCAUUUCCCUAGGGCGCAUGGCUUCGUGGAGCUCGGUCGUGACCGUAGGCAAUUCGGUAUCUCGAUGUUCCACCAGAUCCAUUGCCUCUCGAUGAUUCGAGAGUCGCUGAUCAACGGCAUAAACGACCACGCCGCGCACUGUCUCAACUUCAUGCGACAAGCGGUGCUGUGCAACGCGGACACGACGCUCGAAGCGAUCACGGAGACCACUCAUACGUGCAAGGAUUGGACGCAGGUCUACGACUUCAUCGCGGAGAAUCAGAAUAACUGGCCGAAGAAGGCGUCUAAGAGUCAGGCUCACAAUGACACUGAGGCGGAUCCACACGCUGGACAUGACCUCCGGUAG